AGGAGGCCUCGCCGGCUGGGGAGGUGGAGGACAGGGAGAGAAGCAGAAGGAAGAUCCGGGAGCUAGCGAAAACGAAAAGGUUCAGGCCUGGGACUGGCAAAAAGGGUUGAAGAAAGAAUUGCAAGGGAGGAGGCUCCAACCAGUGAAUUUUUUUUUUAAAUUUUGCCUUUUAUUUUCUUUAAUUUAUUGUUCCCCUUACAAGAAUAUAUUUUCGGGAUGCCGUCCAACGCUACUGCCACCACGACAGCCACAAUCAAAAGCCCCGACUUCGAUCAUGACGCAGUUGGAAAUAAGAUGAGUGAAGAUCAUUUGGAAGAAAAGAGUAAUGAUGAGAAGCCAACAAACAGUGUAAUGGGAAGGAAAGUAGGCCGACCCGGAAGGAAACGCAAACAGCUAAUGGUUGACAGCUAUGAAACAUCAAAAGAAGCUGGGGUUGGACCCAAGUAUCUUUCACACAGAGAGAGCCAGUCUUCAGAUGAAGUACACAAUGGUGUUCUGAACUGCAGCCAAGGAAGUACCAUUGCCAUCUCCUCCCAGCAAGAGAAGGUCAUCCCAGAGAAUGGUGUCUCAAAAGAAGCUUCCCAAAGGUCUGGAGAACUACUUGAGGACAAUCAGGAGAGACAGGAAAUAGAGGACCUUGAUUCUUCCCUGGAAAAUGGAUGCCUUACUCCUCCAGAUGACCAAGACUCUGAGAAAGGAGAAGGGGACCAGGUGCCACCCAAUCCUCGUAAGAAAAGAGGAAGGCGGAAACUAGAAAACCCAGAAAAACAUGUAGAAGAAAAAGAGGAAGUGAGUUGUGAGGUUGUCAAAACAGAGCAGGGAACUCGAACCAGACUUCGUGGGGGACUGGGCUGGGAAGUCAGCCUACGUCAGAAGCCCUUGCAGAGAAUAACCUUCCAGGCUGGGGAUCCUUAUUACGUUAGCAAGAGGAAGAGAGAUGAGUGGCUGGCCAAAUGGAAGAUGGAGGCAGAGAAAAAGGCCAAACUUGCUGUAAUGAAUGUACGGGAGGAAUCCACUGGGAAUGAAGCACAGAAGGAGGAAGAUGAGGUUCUUACAAAUCAGCUUGCCCCUCAGCAACCCACGGACCCAGCCUCACCCACAGUGGCCACCACCCCUGAACCAACUGUAGCUGAAACUGUGGAGAAGACUACUUCAAAGUCCACCGAUGAUGAAGCUGAAUAUGAGGAUGGACGUGGUUUUGGAAUCGGUGAACUGGUUUGGGGAAAGCUACGGGGAUUCUCCUGGUGGCCAGGACGCAUUGUUUCCUGGGGGAUGACCGGAAGAAGCCGGGCUGCUGAGGGAACCAGAUGGGUCAUGUGGUUUGGCGAUGGCAAAUUUUCUGUGGUCUGUGUUGAGAAAUUAAUGCCUUUGAGUUCAUUUUCCAAUGCAUUUCACCAGCCAACGUAUAACAAGCAACCCAUGUACAAAAAAGCAAUUUACGAGGUGCUCCAGGUUGCUAGUAGCCGGGCUGGAAAAAUCUUCCAAUCAUGUCCUGAAAAUGAUGAGACAGACACUUCCAAAACAGUGGAUAUUCAGAACAAGCAAAUGAUUGAAUGGGCAAUGGGGGGAUUCCUGCCUUCUGGACCAAAGGGGCUGGAGCCACCAGAGGAGGAGCGCAAUCCAUACAAAGAAGUUUAUCCUGAAAUAUGGGUGGAGCCUGAAACUGCCUAUACUGCCCCUCCUCCGGCCAAAAAACCUAGAAAAAGCACAGAGAAACCGAAAAUCAAGGAGAUAAUUGAUGAAAGAACCCGAGAGAGACUUGUAUAUGAAGUAAGGCAGAAAUGCAGGAACAUUGAAGAUAUCUGUAUUUCUUGUGGAAGUUUGAAUGUUUCUCUUGAACAUCCGCUCUUCCUGGGAGGCAUGUGCCAAAACUGUAAGAACUGUUUCCUGGAAUGUGCAUACCAAUAUGAUGAUGAUGGUUACCAGUCCUACUGCACCAUUUGCUGUGGUGGACGGGAGGUGCUAAUGUGUGGAAACAACAACUGCUGCCGGUGCUUUUGUGUAGAGUGUGUAGAUCUUUUGGUGGGACCAGGUGCAGCUCAGGCCGCUAUAAAAGAAGAUCCCUGGAACUGCUACAUGUGUGGCCAUAAGGGCAUCUAUGGGCUACUGAAGCGCAGAGAUGACUGGCCUUCACGCCUUCAGCUCUUCUUUGCCAAUAACCAUGACCAAGAUUUUGAUCCACCAAAGCUUUACCCACCUGUCCCAGCAGAAAAGAGGAAACCUAUUCGCGUCCUGUCGCUGUUUGAUGGCAUAGCAACAGGACUGCUGGUGCUAAAGGACCUAGGGAUUCAGGUGGAACGGUACAUUGCCUCAGAAGUGUGUGAAGACUCAAUCACUGUGGGGAUUGUCCGACACCAGGGUAGGAUCAUGUACGUUGGGGAUGUGAGGAACGUUACACGCAAACAUAUACAUGAAUGGGGCCCCUUUGAUUUGGUUAUUGGAGGAAGCCCAUGCAAUGACCUUUCUAUUGUGAACCCUGCAAGGAAAGGCCUUUAUGAGGGGACAGGGCGCCUUUUCUUUGAGUUCUACCGUCUUCUCCAUGAAGCACGACCAAAAGAAGGAAAUGAUCGGCCCUUCUUUUGGCUGUUUGAGAAUGUGGUUGCAAUGGGUGUCAGUGAUAAAAGGGAUAUCUCUCGCUUCCUUGAGUGUAACCCAGUAAUGAUUGAUGCGAAAGAAGUUUCUGCUGCACACAGGGCUCGCUACUUCUGGGGUAACCUUCCUGGUAUGAACAGGUUGGUGAGAGAACGACCUCUAGUGGCAACAAUCAAUGACAAACUGGACCUUCAGGACUGUCUAGAACAUGGCAGGACAGCUAAGUUCAGCAAAGUGAGAACCAUCACCACUAGAUCUAAUUCUAUCAAGCAGGGCAAGGACCAGCACUUCCCCGUCUACAUGAAUGAGAAGGAGGAUAUUCUGUGGUGCACUGAAAUGGAAAGGGUGUUUGGUUUCCCAGUCCAUUACACAGAUGUUUCCAAUAUGAGUCGCCUGGCCAGGCAGAGACUUCUGGGAAGAUCCUGGAGCGUCCCAGUGAUCCGCCACCUAUUUGCACCACUGAAAGAGUACUUUGCCUGUGUCUAGAGCCUGAUCCACGCGUGGAAAAGAAAAAAAGGAUAAUUGAAAAUACACAAGAACUGAUAUUUAACAAGGAAAAAAAUAUAAAAAAUUUUACUCUGAUUUACAACAAGAAAAAAAAACAUUUAAAGUAGAUGUUUUACAUAACUUCUUGUAUUUUAAAUGUCAUUCUUUUAUCCUAUUUAAUUUUUUAAAUAUGUCAUUUCAAUUUGUAGCUAUAUUAUCCAGUGUUUUUUUUUUUUAUUUUAUAUUGAUUUUAUGUGUGCAAGCUGUACUUGAGACAAGGCUUUCUCUGUUCUUUUACAGCACUGAGAGACAAUUUGUUUGAAGAUAAGGAUUGAGAAUUAGAAAACAACGUGAAUGAUUUAUCAUGCAUAUAUACAUAUAUGUAUAUUGAUGUAUAUAUAUAUAUAUACAUAUUUAUAUAUAUAUAUAUAGCUACAGUAUAUGUGUGUGUAUGUGUAUGUAUGUGGGAGAUUGUGUGCUUGUGUGUGUGUGUGUGCUAAUUUUUAAAACAUUUUAACCUGGUUUUGAUUGACAGGAGCACAAGCCAGGGGGCCACAAACAAUAUGCCCAAACCUGCUAUACAAUUCCAGUUGCUGAGCCUUACUUUACCAGCACCAUUACUGGUAACAAAUCUCAAGUGUACACUCGUUACAGUAUUUUCAUGGUUUAAUUUUAAAGAAAACCUUGAAAGAAACACAGUCAACAAGCCAACUAUACCUCUUGUUUACAGUUAAUAUACAAAACAUAAAGGUACUACUGUACAUUAACUAUUGGUGCUUUUAAAUGAAAAAAAUGAUUGAAAACAUCAGCUUCCACAUGGCCUUAAAAACCUCAACAGGCAGGGUUAUGAUAAUGGACAUCAUGCUAGAAAAACUUUAUAAAGUUAAAAAAAGACAAUGAAAGAAUGCAAUAAUUUGCAAUUAGUUACAAAAAGUAAAAUCAGAAUCAAGGUGCAUAUAAUGGUCUGCCAUAGCUGUGGAUUUUUUUUUUCUUUGUCUAUCACAACUUUUAUACACAACAUACUGGUGCUUUUCAAACUACUCUGGCCUUGUGAACUCAGGCCCAACACCUGUGGCAGCACAGAAAAAAAAGUCAAACCAAGUGAAAGCCAGCUAUUUGUGAGGCGAUGUUUUUGAUCUAAGGCUGCAGUAAACUUCAAUUUUGAUUUACUGAGACAUGUCAUUUUACUGUACAUCUCUUGGAGGGAGCGGAGGGGAGGGCAUUCUAACCUCAGUUCAGUGCCCCCCUCCUUUCCCUCAUUUUUUAUUCAAUCAGGUGCAGAUUUCAACAUGGUGCAGCUUCACAUUGCAGUUCUGCCUUUUCUAAGAGUAUAUGCUUUUGGAUUGUUGGUUUUUUUUUUUUCCUCUUUAGCUCGUCGAUAUAUAUCAUUUUGUGUUAUUUUUUUCCUUUUGUCCUCUUUUUAGUAUAUUCUGUUCAGCAUUUAUGAUGUGAACUUUGUGAUCCCUUUCCUCCCCCACUUCUUAGGGGUACACCUACAGUAGGCUUGUACUCAAAUGAUGUGAACGGGGGAAUUACUAAAUAUUUUUGUAAUCAGGAAAGAAAAUGACUGAUUUUACUUUUUACUGUUUGGUUUGUGGUUUGAGGAGUAGGGGUCAUCUAUGGUGCGUUGUUUAACAGCAAAUCCAAGAAUUCAUGCUGCAAAAAAAGAAAACAAUAAAACUGAUAACACAGAAUCCCCUAUUCCUCAUGCCUUGUUAUAUUACAGUAUAUUUUUUGGAAAACGUCUACUAUUAAGAUAUGUCUUUUUAAGACCAAAUUAAAAGUGCAGCAUGUGGUUCAGAAGCUAUGAGAAAGGAGCUUUCAAAACAAGCUGGCGAGUUCACAUUGGUUUGGGGGGCCAGACACUGUUGCAGCUUUCAGAAUUUCUCAAGAUUGUGUUUCUUUAUUGAGAAUCAAAUUAACACUGCAGUUUAAAGGAAAGCAAGGAAAUAUUACGUGUCACCCCAUGUCCCUGAAUGAAUUGACGGGGCCGGGGAAAGUAACGCUAUGUUAUUUAACUUUUUCCUUUUUAUCCCCAAUGGGACAGUAUAAUCUGUAAAGUUUUCAGUCUUGUUGUCCAAUGUUACAAGAAGAGAAUCUAACUGACAAGAGUGCACCACCGUCUAAGGCCCACCAUAUUCUGUGGGUUUAUGUGAUAUUUGCUGCGUCAGCUCCUUUCUCGCUGCUCUCUGUCCCCAACUUAGAAGUCCAGAAUUUUGUACAUAGAAAGGUUUGCCUGUUGUUGUUUGUUUAUGUCUUUUUAAAUUAGUUCUGAGAUGUACAAAUAUGAUUCUUUACUAAUAUAUAUCACAAAACUAGUAAACCUUAGAUAAAAAAACAGAUGAAUUUGUAUUGAAAUAAGCUAUGAAGCAGUGGGAUAGGGCAGCUGUGGAACAUUUCCUAGCCUGCCUUUUUAUAUUUAUAAAUUUGUUUUAUGUUUGAUUUUAAGAGUGGCUUGUAUUGAAUUGUCAAGUGAUCUUAACAAUAACUUGUUGACAGCUUUAAGAUGGAGAAGGUGACCUUUAUCACACAGCCCUAGAUGCGGUAAUUUGUGUUUUUUUUUUUAAUUUUUUUUUUUUUUAAGAGGGGCAGUAGGUGUUUCAAUAAGGUGCUAAACAUUUUAUCAAAAAAAAAAAAGAAAAUAUAUUGUUAGGAGAAAAUCAUUUUGUCUUGACAAUGACUGUUUUUAAGUUCGUAGUAAGGAAAAAGAAGCACUAUUAUUUUACUCUUAUAUGAAUAUAUUAACAAAGCAUUUUAACUUUUUACUUGAAAAAAAUUAAACUAUGACAGAUUCAUGUGUUUUAGCCUAGGCAUUGCUGUAGUUGGUGCUUAUCUGUGGGAAAAUCAUGUAUUCAUAUUGAAGAUUUAAAGGAAAUUAGAAACCAUUUGGUAAUAACUUUUACUGUUACAUAUGUACUUGCUUGAUCCCUGGCAGCAGUGUCUAUUUACCCACAUUCCAUGCAACAGAGAAACACAGUGAUUCUUUUUUGUUUGUUUUAGAUUAAUUUUCAUUUGAUUGUCAUUUUGAAACGUCGCUUCAAUAUUUAUUGACAACAAUAAUGUACAUUUCACAGUUCUAAGACUCUGCAGGUAAAUUUCUCUAUUUCUUCUCUUGGUGAAACUGUUGUACUUCUGUGUGACUAUUGAUCGUGACAUAGCUGUGUAUGGAUUAUACUGUUCUGAAGGUCAAGUGCGUUCAGCCAAUGUAGCAGUCAGUCAGACUCAGUCCACCUUCAUCCCAUUUUUUUUCAGUGCCCAGAAAGAAGAAAAAGCUCCUUUCUUAUGUACUUGUGCUGGAAAACACUUGAAUAAAUGUAUUGUUUUUGUGCAAAAAAAAAAACAAAAAAAAAAACAAGCUUCUGUCAUCUUUAACUUGUCACAUUUGUUUGGUUCAAUUCAGAAUUCCAAAGUUGUAAACUGAAUUGUGGUAUGAAGCAGUACAGAUCCUCUCCAAGCCCCUUUUGCUAAAUAUGAUAAGCAUGCAUUUCACAAAGUAAGUGCUGUUAAAUCAACAUAACAAUUAUUCUUUUACAUAUAGUAUGUGAGGCCUGCUGGCUCUAGCAUAGUGACUCCUCGUUGUUUAUUUUUUAAGAUAUUUUGUUACCUAGUACAUGGUGAGCCACAUAGGCCCAAGUUCUUUAUUGUAACCAGUCCACUUUGACUCCUUCUGUCACAUUUGCAGAGCUCAGACGGGGGCUUUUCAAUGGUCUUAAUCUUCCACAGUUGUUUUUCUAAGAUAUUUAGUGAACCCAGCGUUCCUUCAAGAAUGUCAAUGUCUUCUGUCAUUCUGACACACCUGUUGAGGGCUAAGUAGGAGAAUGAAUUUUCAAAUAAGACGUCAUGAAUAGUGGUCAUGCUAUUAAACAGCUACUCUGUCCAAAACUAGUUAACAGGAGAACUGCAGUGUGCUAGCGAAAUAAGAAAUUCUCUUUUGAGGACCAUCACAUUAAUGCUUAGCUUCACAACACAGGUUCAUUUUUAGUAUUCACAAGACAAAGCUGGGGUUAUAUUACAGCCAGAAGUGAACCUCAGGUUGAGAGACUUGGCACAGUGAAGACCUGUAUCCUCAGUGGCUCCGCCAGGAAUGAUUCUAGUGGCAUUAAUGUAAAACAUACCGUAACUAACCAUACAUUUUGGAGACUGCUGUGGCACACUACUGUGUGAGAACAGAGCAUACAUACUUGGAAAGCAUACAGAUGACUGAAGUUACCAGAAAUUGUAAUAAACAGAUGUUCAACAUCCAUUAGCCAUGUUUUCAAGAAUCUCCAGUUCAGCAGCUUUUUAUAAGGACAGAAUGAUAAAUGCAGAAUCUUUGUAAGUUUUAAAGUUACAGUGACAUUACAUUAAAUGUGUUGUAUAGAAAAGACUUGAUUUUUCAAAUUCCAUAUUUGUUUUUUUAUAGUAUUUAGAUGAUUUUUUUUAAAAUGACUACUGAAGAAGCUUUAACAGUAACUUCAGUGUGGUAAGUACUGUAAGUGGAUCAUACAUUAGAGGGAUGUGACAAGACUAAUAUAAAACCUAAACUAGUCCACCUAUAUAUCAACAAUAAUACAUGUAAGUAAAUCAAGUAGAGAAAUUUCAUUCAUCUUAUCAUUAGAAUGAUUUGCACAAAUAAUUAAGAAUGAAAAAUGCAUUCCACUCACCAUCUAAUGAAAAGCAGUUCUUAUUUAUACACAUUUCUAGCCACAACUGAGAAAGGAUCAGCUCAGUCAAUGGAGAGCAGCAAUGACUGCAGCUUUCACUGUAGCUUGUUGUUCUGUCAGCUAGGCAGCUUGUCUCCUAGUUUCUGCAUUCAGACUGAGAAUAAUGAAUAUUCUUAUUAAAUAGAUGUGACUAAAAGCACCCCUUCGGAGAAAACUCAUAAUAAAGACCUUUGAUCAAUUUAAUACCUUUAUUGAAUUUUAAAUUCACAGAUUGCUUGCAGAAACAGGAAAAAAGACUAAGAAUAGUGACUAAUUACAAACAAAUCACAGACAUUGCAGCUGCCACCACUUCUAAGCUGAGCAGAUCCGAACACGGAAUUACCAAGUGGUUACAGGUGUUACCUGCAAGAUGGAUUCACUGACAAAAGCAGGAUUCAGCCAUGGUCCUUAAAUACAUUUGAGGUUCAUGAUUUUGUUAGCAAAACACCAUUAACAGUUUGUCUUGAUUUGUUUAGGUGACUUUGUUUUACUGUCAGUCUUUGAAGUCAGGCAUCUAAUGAGCUUAUUGUUUACUUCUGUUACAAAUUUAAAAGACAUACAUAAAAUCCACUAAUCAAAAGAAAUGGAUCCAUUUUCAUCUUUCAUCUUCUGCUUUGACGUUAUUUAUGUGAAUGUUUGUCCUCCCAUAGACAUGUAUGUUAAGUUUGCCCCCAGACUGGCCUAAUGAGUGAGGGUGGGAUCAUGUAUGAGGGUAUCCUGUGGACUAACAUCCCGUCCUUGCUCUAUUCGCUGCAGGGGUAGGCUCUGGCUUCAUGUAGUACAGUACUCGAAAAACUAAAUUAAGCAAACGGAUGAAUGUUUAAGUUUUGCUCCUAAUGAAGAAUGACCAAAUGCCAAUGUAAAUAGCUUUGCAUUCUCCAGAGGUGUCCCCUGUGUGCAUUCAUCAUCAAAAGAUUACCUGUAAAAGAAAGCCCUCAAAACGUUAAGGUGUGGCCACAGGCUGGUUCAGUGUGGCAAUGCAUCAUGGCUGUUUGUGGAGUUCUCAUGAUCUCCCAGUGGGUUUCCACCCACAAUGCAGAGACAUGCAGGUUAAGCUAACUGAUGACUCUAAACUGGACUGGUCACAUUGUGAUUGAGUGUUUCUGAGAUGGGCUGGCAACCCACCCAGACUUGGCCCCUGACUUUAGCCUGGUGACAUGAAGAUAAGCUUUGGGUCCCUGUGAAUGGACAGAAAUCUUAAAGAGAGGUGUACACUUGUCUUUUAUACAGGGCUCACAUUUCUUGUAUUUUCAUUUAGUUAAAGAAAAAAACGGUGUUUCUGAUUAUAGGCCAAAAACAAUACAAAACGAAACUAGCAGACAUUACUUAAAGGCAGAAGCUGGCAAUGACUGGCAUCAUAGAUGUAAGGUGUAGUUUUAGACCAAGCUGGAAAACUCCCAUGUUAGGAACUGUUUUUAAGAUGAAAAACUGUUGAUACAAUAUAAUUUAUCACAAGUUCUUCAUGCAUUUUUAUGUUUUUGUAUACUAAACUUUAUUUCUAGAGAGUUCAAACAAUAAUGAAAUUAAUCGAGAUUGAUUAUUACCAAUUCUGACCAUGUCCACUUACGGUGCUCAGCUUUAUUCCUGUAGACAGCUGGCUAUGCUGAUUUUGAUAUCGCUUGUGUGUGUGUUCGUGUUCGUGUGUGUGUGCGCAAGGAUCCUCCAUUGAGAGCAUGGCAGCCUGGCAUGCCGUUUAAAGCAAUAAGAAAUGACAAAAGCUAACUGCAGCUCUCAAUUUACAAAGACCGGUCUUGGAACACUCCACAGGUAAAAAACAUUUUCCUUUAAAAUCAAACCUAAAGAAACAUACUUGCUACUGGAACUUUGAAAGACCUGCGUUGUGGUUUUCGUUAUUAUGACAUACAUUUACAUGCAUAAUUAUACUCUUUAAAAUGCACUUGAUAUUAAAAAGUACUCAUUUACUACACUGAAUUGUUGUAGAUCUAUUCUGUAUGUGCUAUCCUGUUUCCCAGUACUAGUAAUAGCUUUUUAUAUUCUGAACCAUCUACCAAGUAAGAAUCUUUUUAAUUAUUUCAUUGUUCAAAAACAAAUAAGGCACAAAGUAAUAGAACAAGUAGAAAACAUUUCCUACCCUAACACUGCAAUAAAAAAAUUAUCUGCAAUAAAAAAUGUUAUUUUAACUUUAAAUUGGCUAAUUAAGGAUUGUAGAGUCUAAUGUAGAAGCUGGCGUUUUAUAGCUCAGCUCUGGAGCAGAACCUUGUUCUAGCAAAACAAACGACAUCAUGAUAGGAAUCAAGAACAUAAAAUUAUAAUGUCAAACGUUAUUAAAUCAGGGAAUGUAUAUUUCAUGAUGAGCCGUCUGAGCUCGUGCAGUUGUCCCCACAUUAACCUCCCUUCAUGUCCCUUCACCAGAGAUUUUUGUUUUAAAGUUUCUGUCUUUUGCAUGUACUGUACGUAAAACGCGACAUAGUGUGCAAUAACAAUUUCAGAAUGAAGCUCAGCAUUAGAUAAUUUUAUUUGUUCUGACCUGUCAAAGAAGUAUUGUUAUGCUUAGCAAGUAAUAUGAAUUUUCACUUUUUAUUCUUAGUCGAAAUGUAAUACAACUCCAAAUAUUAUUGACAUGGAUGAGACAUAACUUAAGAGAUCCAUUAGGGUGCAAGGUUACAUGCAAUAAACGUUAAGUGCAUAAAAUGGAGGGCUGCAUGAACUUUGCUCCACUCCUUAUUUUUAUUUAUUUAUUUAUUUAAAUGGAAAUCUGCAGUGUAUACAAUGGAAGUAAAUUGUGCAUGCUGAGCCACAUAUUUCGCCGUUUCUCCUUUUAUUCUUCCCCCUUGCCUUUGCAUCAGUUACCUCAUGACUGGGUGUAGUGAAAGUCGUUACCUUUUUGUACAGGAUAAACAUUGUUGUGCUAUCAACUGACAAAAGUAUAGUAAAGCUCUUAUGCAGAAGCAAAACUACUUGGUUGUUUUGUUUUUCCUAGUCUGGCACAAGUUCUUGUGACCUGUUAGCGUUUGUGAAAGUAUAGACAUGUAAAAAGGGUUAAUCAGCUUAGUUUAAUUCAGUAAAAAGUGAAGGAAGUUGAAGUGGACUUUGCAGCAGCUUACGUUAGCCACACAGCCCCUAGAACAUGCUUAGCACUGCUGGCAUCAUCUGAGUCCAAAUAAUUUAUUAAGGUGCUAAGGUUUUAGCUUUUUAAUUUAAUUUUGUUUUAUUUUAGCAACAUUUUAAAUAUACUGUUUGUAUUCAUAUUAAUUUUUAUGAAAUAUACUUAAGAAAAUGGUGCAUACAUUUUAAUGAACAUGUGGUGCACAGUGUAGUUUCUAGGCUUUUUCUCUCUCUUUCCUGUCUGAAUCAUUGACAUCAUUUGCUCCAGCAAUGCUGACCAGGACAAGCAGGUCAAUAUACAUUAAUGGACAGAUACACCGUACUGUUUCUGCCAAUUCCUCAAGUGUUUGUCCUGGCUACAGUUUUAGUCGGUGAUUCUGAUCUUGUAGACACACAAGGAUUUGUGUUGGCACAGACAAUUCUUUCUGAGCCGAAGCCCUUGGCAUUUCCUAAUGAGCGAGCAGCACAUCUUCUGUGUCUGAUAGUGUUCCUUUAGGUCUCCGAAGGCACUGUGUAAGAUUUUGUUUCAAUACCUUUUGUGUUUAUUUUGUUCAAUAAGCUCAUGAUGUUCUGAUAUUUUAUUUUUUGUUUUGUUUUGUUUUUUGCAUCAGUGUGCAAAGUCUAUUUAUCUAUUUGUUGUUCUUUGUCUUUCAAUAUGUGACUUGAUCUAAUUUUCUAUGUUAUUAAACUGAUAAUU